AUGCUGCAGGAAGCAGUUACCAUGGCGACCAGAGAGCGAGCGAGAGGGAUGUGAGAAGAGGCAGAGAAAGGAAGACACAAAACAGAGGACAACAAGAGCGAACAAGAAAAUAGAGCGAGACACGAGACAGACGACAUGUCAGAAUCCGGGGCCGGGGGUAGCUCCGUCUACGACACCAGCUCCCUCCUGCAAUACUGCAAUGAUGAUGGCCUCUCAGGUCCCAGUGCCAUGGACACCGACGACCGGAUAUCGAAUCUGGAGCAGAGGCUGCAGCUCCAGGAGGAUGAGAUGCAGGUGCUGAGAGCGGCCCUGAGCGAUGCCCUGAGGCGCCUGAGAGUGUGUGAGGAGAGAGGAGACCCCCUGCGGGGGCGGCAAGGUGAGGGGGGUCUGCUCACUACUACAGGGAAUAACGUGGCAGGUACUCAUGUUGUGAAGCCUCCUCCUCGAUCUUCUCAGAAUGGAUUGGCCCCGCGCAGGAGGAGUGGCAUGUCUACCUCGCCUUCAUCUCCUAAAAAAGGAGGGACCCCAGUGUUCUCUAAAAGUGUACGGCGCUCUCUCUCCCCGGAACGUCUCUCCUUUGCGAAGAGGGAUAUGUCAGAUGCACGGAGCAGGUUGCUGGUGUCGACUGGAGGGAGAAGAGAUGGCAAAACCAAACAAGUCGUCUUCUAUCCCGAGGAGGGCAUUGUGAAGCUCUACCUGCGGGGCCACUCUGUUCCUCUCUACGUUCCAGACUCCCUGGUUGCAUCUUACAGUAUAGAAGCAAAAGGUGAACUUCCUCAGAAGGAGCUGCAGCUGGAAUGGGUAUAUGGGUACAGGGGUCGGGACUGUCGCAGCAAUCUCUACAUUCUUCCGUCCGGAGAGUUGUUGUAUUUUACAGCUGCUGUCUGUGUCCUGUAUGACCCUAUAGCUGGCACACAGAGACACUACCGGGGUCACACCGAUGACAUCAAAAGUAUUGCUGUCCACCCAGACUCCGUAACAAUUGCCAGUGGACAAGUGGCGGGUAACUCGCAGGAUGGUAAGCCUCUGCCCCCCCAUGUCCGGAUCUGGCACUCUGUCAGCCUUUGUACUCUUCAUGUCAUUGGAGUGGGACAUUUCGACAGAGCAGUUACCUGUCUGAGCUUCUCUAAAGCAGAUGGAGGAAGUCACCUGUGUGCAUGUGAUGAAUCUGGGGACCACGUAUUGUCAGUGUGGCAGUGGCAGCGUGAGACUAAGGUGACAGAAGUCAAGUGUUCUACAGAGCCUGUGCUUGCCACCAUUUUUCACCCAACAGAACCCAACCUGAUAAUAACUUGUGGAAAGUCUCAGCUGUAUUACUGGAGCCUGGAAGGGCCCCCUGCUGGAGGUGCUGCAGGUGCAACAGCCACUUUGAGCAAGAGACAGGGAGUUUUUGAGAAACAUGAAAAGCCGCGCUUUGUUCUGUGUGUGGCUUUUGCUGAGAAUGGAGAUGUGGUCACUGGAGAUUCUAAUGGCAAUUUGUAUAUAUGGAGUAAAGGCAGUCAUAGGAUCUCCCAGGCUGUAUGUGGUGCUCACGAUGGUGGAGUCUUCGCUUUGUGUGUGUGCAGAGAUGGGACAUUAUUAUCUGGAGGAGGCAAAGAUGGAAGAAUCAUACUGUGGGACCGAGAGUAUAAGAAAGUGCGGGAGACUCGGAUUCCAGAAUGUUACGGCCCAGUGCGAACAAUUGCUGAGGGGCGAGGAGGGGACGUACUGUAUGUGGGCACAACGAAGAAUUGCUUGAUGAGCGGCAGCCUGGAAAAUGGACUCAGCUGCUUAAUACAGGGUCACACAGAUGAGCUGUGGGGUCUCUGCUGUCACCCGUCUCUUGACUUGUUUCUGACCUGUGGACAUGACAAGCUGGUUCAUCUCUGGAACAGCAAAGAGCACGAGCCUGUGUGGACCACCACCCUGGAGGAUCCCGCAAGAGUGGCCGGAUUCCAUCCAUCUGGAAAUGUUGUAGCUAUAGGGACCACAACGGGGAGGUUCCUGGUCUUGGACGCUCAGUCCCACGUUAUAGUGACAACAUUUUCGGAUGCAGGUGAACAGAUCAGUGCCAUCAGCUACAGUCCUGAUGGCCAGUAUUUGGCAGUGGGGUCACAUGACAACUUUAUUUACCUGUAUGAAGUGGCUGAAGAGGGACGAGAGUACAGGAGGGUGGGAAAGUGUUCGGGUCACUCCAGCUAUAUCACACACCUGGACUGGGCAUCGGACAGCUCUAGCUUCAUGACCAACAGCGGCGACUACGAAAUUCUCUAUUGGGACCCCGAAUCUGGGAAGCAGAUUGUCAGCGCAGAGAAUAUACGCAACGUAGAGUGGGAAAAUGCAGCAUGCACACUGAGCUUCCAUGUUCUGGGCAUUUGGCCAGAUGGAGCAGACGGAACUGACAUCAAUUCGGUAAUCAAGUCACAUGACCGAAAACUGGUAGCCACAGGAGAUGAUUUUGGAGGGGUGCGCCUAUACAAUUUUCCGAGCGUGGUGCCCAGGGCCCCCAGUUAUAAGUACAGCGGUCACAGCAGUCACGUCACCCGUGUCAGAUUCCUGCACAAUGACAGCGCUCUCAUCUCCGUUGGUGGCAAGGAUUGCACAGUGUUGCAAUGGACUGUUAUGUGACUUCCCCCCCCCCCCCCCCACCCUUCCUAUACCUGCAGCCCACUGUGUUCCUGCACAGCCUCUGUGUUGUCUUCCCGUACAAUACCUCUAGAUCGUACCAGCAGAGUCUUGUUUUUGAGCCCGAAUAUUCCUGAGCAUCGUUUUCCCCAUCCUCGGUCCCUCCAGCAGUUUCCCCCACCCCUGCAGUGCAUCACCUGGCACCACCGCAUCUGCUUCCGCCACACUCCGCACCAGUUGUAAUAGUCUUGCCGCUGGACAGCAUGUUGCUACAGAAGGCUCUUUUUUUUUUUUUCACCAGGACACUCUUUACACUCUUAUUUGCACAGCUCCACAGAGUAUUUAAGCCCCCUGAAAUUUACAGCAGAUGGUCUGUUACUCACCCCUGAUGUAGCGAGAUUUGGUUCCUCGGAGGCUGGCACUGACAAUUUACUGCAAUAAAUUCUAUAAAACCUCUGA